AUGCAAAGUUGCUUCCAGGAACGUGUUUUAUAUUUUUGGAGGCAUGAAAUGUAUGGGCAUGCAAGAAUACUUUGCGAGAAAGGAAUUCAAGAGAAAUCAAACAACUUGAUUUUGUUUUUAUGGCACGGCCUGAGUCUUGCAAAGCUUGGGAUGUUUAAAGAGAGUCUUGAAGAGAUAGAACAUCUCAAAGUCAGAAAAGAUUUGAUAUUAGUAUACAAGACAUCGUUAUAUUUCCUCGAAUGGGUCAAAGAUCCAGAGGAAAACGAGAAAUUAGAUAAAUUACGACAAGAAAUUUUUGAAAAUGUAACUGACAAGAACAAUUUCUCUACAGCACAUUCAGCUCAAAUCGCUUGGCUUUUCGGUGAUAUCAAGCUUGCUCGCCAAAUCAUCCGUACAAUCACACCAACACCAUUCUCAAGAUCCAUUUCUGCAUGGAUUACAUACUCAGAAGGCAAAAUUCAAGAAGCUUAUAAUGAUUUUUGCGAUCAGUUAAAUGAUCCACUUCGUGCUUACGAUGUCAUUCCAUUAUACGGAAAGGCAACAUGCCUUGCAGCUCUUGGAAAAAAUGCUGAAGCAUUCCAAGUUCAAUCUCAAAUUCUUUCCAAAUAUAAUUUCCCAGAAAUUGCUUGUGAACGUUCACGCAUACACCAAAUUCUUAACAACUGGGAUCUAUCACUCAAUAUCUUAUCAGAAGUUCAAGAUCAAUUAAUUUCUAAAUUCGAAUAUCAUUAUGUCGAAGUUUUAUCAUUAAUUCUCGGAAAAGGAGAUUACGUAUCUGCUGAAACAGCAACACAGAACUUACUCGAGGUCUGCGGAACCGUAGAAGGCAAGAAUUGGAAACUUUUACAAAAUGUUGCACUUUGUCUUUCAACAUUACACAGCCAAAGAUUCCCAUUCAUCGAUAAAAUCAUACAAAUUGCCAAAAUCGCGGCAGAAAACCCAUACGCGGACUCAAUGUCUCUUGCAAUUCUCGGAUACUGCCAGUAUCUCUCGAGAAACUACGUAAUUUCCAUUCCAAGCCUUCAGAAAGCCAUCGAGAAAUCUCCAAUGAACCAAUUCGCAGCGGAUUGCCUUGUUGCUGUGAUGACAGAAAUCGGAAGAUACGGAGAGGCUCAAGACCAGCUCGAUAUGAUGGGAAUUGCUGGUCCUAUGACAUUAGAAGAAGCAGUUCUCCAGACAAAGUUGAUCAGAGUAACAAAACACGUCACAGAAAAUAUCGAAUUAAUUUUAGAUCUCAUUGAGAAGAGAAUCGAUAACAACAAUAUCUCUAAACACUUAUUCGGCGAUCAACUAUCGAUAAUUAGCGAUACAGAAAAGCCAUUACAAAGAUUAACUUCAUUACGCAUAGAUACGAUCACAGAUGCACUUGACGAAUUAAUAUUCUACAAUAACUCAAUCGCUAACACUAUUAGCGAUGAAAAUACUACACGUCUUAUGACAAUAUUCAUGAAAUUAGAUAAACCAGCGCCAGUUUUCCAGCCAAUCAGACUUUUAAGAGGUCUCUUGCUCAUGAGAGUCGGAAAGGUCGAUGAAGCUGUCUCCGUGUUCCAGAAGAUCCUUCUAGGACAAUGGGUUUACAGACUUCCAUUCGUCAUGCUUUACAUCGCGUCACUUUUGUAUGAAAAUGAGGAGUACGAAGAGGCCAAAGGAUAUUUAUAUGAAGCAAUUGCUGCAGAUCCAACAUUAACAAAUUCAUUAGAUUAUUUGUUAACAAAUUUGCGAUUAAAUGGAAGUAAAGAAAAUCCAUACUUAGAACUCAAAGAAGCCUCCGAAUUCUUCAACAAAGAGACUAGGAGUGUCACACAGUAUAUGGAUUUCUUCAAGAUUUGCUUCGAUUUCGGUGAAUUUAACUUACCUGGCUCAAUGAUCAAAAAAGCAAACGCAUGUUCACAGACAAAAUAUGAGAAAGCAAUGCUUAUAUCAGCCCAGUCCAUCAUUUUAGGCUCAAAGUCCAUGUUUUCUCGUGCAGAACAAUUGAUCUCAAAAUUAAAGCCACAUAAGAGACUCGCUGACCUCGGAUAUACAUCGGAGGCCUUCAUAAACCUCAAGUUCCAUAACGAUAGAAAGGCUUAUAUCCAGACUUAUCAAGAUUUGAACACUAAUUUCCCAUCUAGAAGACACCAAGAGAUGCUAGGCGAUGCAUACAACAAGAUUAAUGAUUAUGAUAAAGCUGCUAAGGCCUAUACAACAGCUUUCGAUACAAAAAUGCCAGAUGUCGGAAUUCUCAAGAAACUUGUCACUGUUUUAGUUAAUGCCCACAAAUUCGAUGAAGCAGCCAGCAUCCUUAUGCAAUCAGCUUCAUUCCUUCGCGGAAAUAUCGCUGUUCCUUUGUAUUUAAUCAAAAUUUUGAUUACUUUGAAGAGAUAUCAAGAAGCUCAGUCAUGUAUCAACUCCACUGUGAAGCUAGUAGUACAAAACCAAGUGGCAACAAACGCCAGAGUCCUAGAACAAAGAGGAAUUGUUUGUAUGAAAUUAAAUCAGAGCGAAGAAGCGGAAAACUGCUUCAAACAAGCUCUAGAGAAGUACGAAUCCAUCCUUCUGAAGGAAGGAACGAACAAAUACGCAGUUUCCCUCAAAAUGUCCGCAUCAAACGUUUGUGUCAUGCUUGGCGAGAACAUUGAGAAGAUAAACCGCGACAGAGCACUUUCCUUCUACCAAAAAGCCCUUACAAUCGAUGAUUCGAACCACGAUGCAGUUGCUCAUCUUUUUAAUCUGUACAAAGUGAGAUUUGAUCAGCAGAGAUGCCUCGCAGUAUGUUACGAAUACCUUGAGAAGUAUCCUAAGAACGAAACAGUCGUUCUUUUGAUGUCUUCGGCAGAAUCUCGCGAUUACGCCAAAGCAAUCAAAUAUAUUGAAGGAUUGAUCGAGGAAAGGCCGAGAUAUUACAAGACAUUUGUCAGACUGGUCGAAGUUUGUGCCAGAGCCGGAGUUUUGUCGAUUGCCAAACAAAGAAUUGACAAAUAUCCAGACGAUAACUCUCCAGGCAUGUCAUUUGUUCGUGGCUUGUACUAUAUGUAUAUCAGCCAGGCCCAGGAAUCGAUCAAAUACUUCGAGAGAGCGAUGCAAUCGAAUCAUUGGUGUUUGGCCGCACAGUUAAUGCUAUUUUCAGUGUACUCCAACCCCGACAAGAAGUUCCUCUGGCUGGAAACAACACCAUUGGCCGAGGAAAGCUCUUUGGAGAGUGCAUCAAAGAUUUUAUCUAAGAUGAACAUCAGCGAUAACGAGAGACAACUGUACCACGCACAGCUCCUGGCCGCAACCAAUAUAUAUCUCAACGUAAAAUCCGCACUUCAGAUAGUACAAGACGUAUUAUCUAAAGAAAGGACGAAUAUCAUGGCCUUGACAGCUGCAGCGAGGUACAACAUGAGAUUGGGAUUAGUUGAUGAGGCUGAGAAGUACAUUUCCAGUGUAUUGGCCGGUGUUCCCUUCCAUGAAACAGCUCCUUAUUUCGAAGAAAGUUAUCUGAUGAGGGCAACUUUGGCAAAGAACUCGCCAAAUCCGAAAUCCGCUCACCAGUUCAUUUUCUUGGCACUGGAUUUGAACAAGAGCUGCCAGAAGGCGUGGGAAAUGAGCGGAAACGUCUAUUUCCAAAACAAGAUGUACGCUGAUGCUGUUACAGCACUGUUAAGAGUGUGGGAAUUGUCUGGCCAGACAGAUAUUGAAGCUGGAUACAACUUGGCUUAUUCUGCAAUGAGAACAUCGAAGCCGGAACUCGCUUUGGAGAUAUCGAGGAAGAUCUUGGACAUCAACCCUGUCUUCAGAGAUGUAAAGACGGCAAUUAUACAGCCUGCUUACAGACUAUUGUACAAAUAA